AUGUCUGAAAUCAAGAAAAAUAUUCUGAAUGGAAAUGGAAAAAAAAUUAUAAUUUCAUCCAAGCAUGUAAUCAAACAACAUGACACACACAAUCAAAUUUCAGAUAUUCAAACGUUUUUGAGACAAAUUUUAUCGGAGGAAACGGACAUCGCAGACGCAAUUGAUGGAAAACUACGAACAUUAAUUCAAGAUUUCAUCAAUGCUUUAGAGAACUUGAAAACAAAUGUUAAAGAACCUGUGAUGAAAAAGGAAACACAAACCUUGCCAACGUCUCAAUGUACCAGUAAGUCAGUGAACCCGCCUCAAGAUACCAGUAAGUCAGUGAACCCGCCACAAGAUACCAGUAAGUCAGUGAACCCGCCACAAGAUACCAGUAAGUCUGUGAACCCGACACAAGAUACCAGUAAAUCAGUGAACCCGCCACAAGAUACCAGUAAGUCAGUGAACCCGCCACAAGAUACCAGUAAGUCAGUGAACCCGCCACAAGACACCAGUAAAUCAGUGAACCCGCCACAAGAUACCAGUAAGUCAGUGAACCCGCCACAAGAUACCAGUAAGUCAGUGAACCCGCCACAAGAUACCAGUAAGUCAGUGAACCCGCCUCAAGAUACCAGUAAGUCAGUGAACCCGCCUCAAGAUACCAGUAAGUCAGUGAACCCGCCUCAAGAUACCAGUAAGUCAGUGAACCCGCCUCAAGAUACCAGUAAGUCAGUGAACCCGCCACAAGAUACCAGUAAGUCAGUGAACCCGCCACAAGAUACCACAAUACCACAGUGA